CGGGAAGGGGCGAAAUGCGCGUCAUCUGUACAAAAAAAUCAGUAAUAUGACGAACACGUGAGAAAAUGAGACACUUUGGGAAUUACCAACCACAUGUGGAUCUCAGGAAGUUACUUACCAAGUACAUGUCGAUCAGAGGAUAGUCUGAAACAAAAGCAACACCAUGUCUAGCACCAGUGCUCCACUAGUUGCCGCGAUAGGCUGUGGUCGGAGCCAUGUUGCUAUGGUGGGCGAGGACGGCUUCGUUUACAUUAAGGAUCAAUCCCCUAGUCCAUCCUUCGGUGCCUUUCAAAGGAAACUUCUAUUUCUCCACGUAGAUUUGGAUAUAUAUCUUAUGACGAAGCACUAUGGGAACACUUCGACGGCGCUGCGUCUAGUUCCGCACUUGGUGCAGAAAGGAGCUAUUCGGAUUAGAGCCUCCUGAUUGGAGAGGUUAUAUUCCUUCGAUGAAAUGGGCUUUUCUAAUUACAGUUGGGGCCACGUGGAGAAGCUAGGCAGACCUAGUGGCGGCAUGGAAGCAGCAUUCGACUGCCAACCAGGACUCGUCUCGAUACGAGACUCUAGUGGAAAACUUCAUUAUGAGUGUUGAGGAGAAGUAGUACCUUCAUAGGAGUACUAGUAUAUGUCAGACAAUUACUUGCUUCACUCUUCAACAAUUUAAAUAUGUGCUUGCUUCUCUUCGAUCUGUUUAUGAACUCACUUCUGCUCGAGUUUGACUCAUACCUUGAAGACCUUGAGACAGUCCUUCCCAGGUCGUUUAUGAGAGAGUUUCUUCAGAGCAUCUUCUAACCUGCGCCAUGCGUCCAAGUUGCUUGUGGCACAGAUCACUCGUUAGCCUUAACUGAUACGGGCGACAUCUACUCUUGGGGCUUCGGCAAGGCAGGACAAUUUAUGGCAAAAGCUUUAUUUCACUAUCGUCCCAUGGCCAUGCUGUGGAGUCCCUCUAUGCUGAGAGAAUGGGGAGGUCCCUCCUCCUUUGAUUUCUUAAAGGGGAAAGAACUCGAGUGGGUGAGGCGUGUACUUCUAUGUUGACUGGGAAGCGAGGUGUCUCUCCUAAAAGUAGUCCCUCCACUAUAUUGAGUUACCAAAUUACCAUUAUCAGAGGAUACAACCUUAACCACUACAUUUAUAAAUAUAGGAUGUUGCGUAAUCUCACUACAUUUCGUGAAAUUCUAGGGUCUACAUGCUUAUAAGUAGGAUAAUGUGCUAUAUUAAUUUGUAGGAUUGAUUGAUCAUGUAGCGCUAAACACUUAGGUCACCCGCUUGCAGCAUUCGAGCGUGCGAGUCUGGUUAUGAAGGUUCCAGAACGCAUCCCCCUAGACGAACCAGUCCACCAUAUCGCAGCCACAGAGAGGAGUAGUUCCUGUCGAACUGCGAGUGGGAAAAUCUUCAUCUGGGGAGAGGUACAGGACCUGGAUCUCCCUCCGAUGCUAUAGACUUCCCUCCAAUGCUGUAGGACCCGGAUCUCCCUCUGAUUUGGAUCUUCCAAUCUGUAAAAAGAAGGAAUGACGCAUGUAAAUUCUCACUCCAGCAAACAAGAUAUCCUUUCGAUAUAAUACCUCUCGAUAUUACACGACAACUCUUCACAUUGAUUCCGUUGAUUUCCCCAAACCAAUGCUAGAUAGCCGCUGUGCUCUAUGGUAGCCGCAACGCCUUCGUCCCUGUCGAAAUCUCGCUGGAUGUCGACCUCACAAAGAAGGGUCUUGCACUAGAUUGCUUGGCUUUGAACUCGAGCACAGGUAUCAGCGGCACCCUACGAGAUUAAGGCAACUACCAUGAUAAGCAUAGCUGGCGCAAGUACCAGUGAGAGGAGCAUGUGACUAGAUUAUAGGCUCUAUGCUCGGUAGGUCCAUUCGUUCCUUACUGUUUAUUGCUACUUACAGGGACGACGGCAUCCCUGGCCUCAUUUUCAAGGAGAAAACGGGUCCAGGGAUGGUCUCAAGGAUGCACAUCGGUAGCGCUAACGAGAGGAAGACGUCGUCGAAGAAAUGGCCUCACGCGGUGUCACGUUAAAACUUAGGGCUCGCGAGUUGAAUCUUGGACUUGGAUCGAUAUGUUUUUAGGUGGAAGCCAACAGACGAAGCCCAACUAACAGUCUUCUUCUAUGAUUUGUUGUCUUUUUUGAGUUUAUUUAUAACCAGAAGUACUAGAAGAAUACUCGGUUAAUGACACUUGCGUCUUCGUAGGCGUUCCAAGAAUCUGAAACUCGUUUCCUCGUCUCCUCUAAAAUGCGAAGACAAACCGCCCUUAGCAACCGAAUCCGACUAGGAAAAAAAGGUAUUAUGGCGAAAAAGUUUGGGGAAGCAACGGGAAGCUCUAUAGAUAUCAGUACUGGCGUGGAAGGGGCUUCGUCUAGUUCUGUCUCUGUGGCGAAUGAUAACGUGGUCAUCCGUGAUAUGAUCACAGAAGUGCGGAAACAGAUUGACAAAGCACGAAAGGUCAUUUCGCAGACACAAUCGGAGACGGUUAAAGUCAAUUAUGGCUCUGUCCAGAUUGUUUAUAAGAGAAAUGUUGAGCUUGUCGACGUCGACGUCGACCUUGAAGGUGAAAUCUUCUUUUUCUUUCAUAAAUCCAUCCUAGCUUACUGACUUUUUAGUCCAUCCUUCCAAUUUAUUUCUGUUGUUGAACUUGAAGGACGAACUACAUCGAUUUGUGGGAUAUGAAAGAAAGAUAGGAAUGGAACAGAGCGCCUAGGCCUAAUGGAUUUGACCCGUCUAGUUGUACCAGUGAAACGGCAAGCCAAUGCCAAAGUAAUAGAUAACCCCACCACUGCUAGUACCUACGGUAAUAUUAAUGCCACAGACUUCUACUAGUGCAACGAGCAACUUCCGAUCUCCAGUUGAGAUCAGACCAGUUCUUGUACCACAGCCUUCUAAAGGGCCCUCGUAGUACAACGAGUGAUAUCUGCUUCUAUUUUUCAUUCUUUGGUCUUCCUCGGUCAACAUCAUCAUCAUCCUCAUCAUUCUAAUCUCCAGUCGAGAUCGCGCAGAUUGGAAGGGAAUUGACGUUGAGUGAGCAGAAGAUGGCAAUGCUGCUAGAGCACGGCGACCAGUUGGAAGUCCAAGCUCAAAAUAUCCAGGUCGGUGGUGACAGUUCAAAAGCAGAAAUUACGACGACGGUGCCUAUCAGGCCGGUGGAUAGAAGUUAAUAAGGUUUGAUGAUGAUGACGGGGGAUACAUACUUGCAUCUAGUGAGACAGUACCAAUACUACGCAUAAUAAUUCGCUGUUCCUUGUUACAUGGUUCCUCAUAAGUACAUAGUUACUCAUCGUCCAGGGCGGGCGGCUCUAAAGCAGGAGAAAGAGAAAUAGCAGGUAGGCAAGUUUCGACGCAGAUGCGCGACUUGCAGAAUUUCCAAGAUACAAACAGGCGGACCCGGAUUGGGCACUUGACGCGACAAUCAGAAUUAGAAUCACGGUUAGUUAAGGUCUCGGCUAGUCCAUCUCCGGAAGCAUCGCGAGGCUGUCCUCCCAUAAGGGGAUAUAAGUAGGUCCGGGAUGAGUCUCGCGAUGGAUUAGGGUGAGCGCUAAUUUAGUCAGUGACGAAGCGACUCUCGCGCAAAGUAGGGGAUUGCUGCGUUAUGAGUCUCCUCUAUACGUGGUCAUAGUUUCCUUUUUUGUUCAUUUUCCUCAAUUUGCUCUAGAUUAUGAUGAUCAAAGACACUGCGGGAGUACUACUAGUACUUCUUACCCCAAGUAGUUUUCCUUUCCCAAUCAUGAGUAGAGUACUAGAGAGACAUAGUUUAGUGCCAACGCAUAUCACUUUCCUAGUUAGGGCUCUAGAAGCACAAGAUAACGAAGAAAUACUAGGACCACUCUGGAUCCGUCAACUCUGGACGAACGGUGACUUCUUCUGGCAUCCCCUGACGCAUCAUAGUGGCCUUUGACUCUGGAAUGGUGCGAGAGACACCUUACAAAGUGGAUUAACGAGGAAGGAUUAGCUUGUUAUUUUUCAUUUUGUCCUCGAAGGUUCUUUUUUGGAGGCCCACGCCUAAUUACCUAGGGUCGUUGUAGCAAAACUCUCUAAUCAAGCGACCUGAUGAACCGAGAGCAACUGUUGGUCGGCCUAGCUUCAGGUGGUGGCGGACUUGAGGAAGCUGGGGAAGAGGCCCGCGCCCUGCGGAAAGGCGUCAACGUGGCGGGGAGCAGCAUGGUUGAUGUCCACGAGUCACAUGCUUUUGCCCUAGCCUUACAAAAGACAGAAGCAACGACAGCGGGCUUUAUGAAACAAAACAGGAAGAACGAAGCAUUUUGGUCUUCCUCUAGAAGCAAUGGUAAUGGCGUUCCUUGUCAGGAACGCGAGAAUUAUAGAUUUAAACGAUGAAUAGUCUUAGUCGAGAAUAGCGCAACAAUUAAAUAAUUAUAGAUGUUGAACGGGUUUCAGACGAAACAACAAAGGAAAUAGGUCGUCGUCUAGUUUUUUAGGACAACACUAAUUGCUAGUGUGUUGGCUCAUCAUCUUCUUGGUUAAGAAGACUGGUGUGUCAUCUUACUUUGGUGUGUCAUCUUACAUUGCGAUACAGAAAAAUAAGCGGCACCAUCGUAAAGAUUGAGAUAUCUUAGACUACGAACUUCUAAUCCAUCCUCUGGUGCAGCACCAGCUUCUCAGAAAGAUACUGGAUUAAAGUCAUUUACUGGAUUGAUGGAGGUUCUACAGACGUCUCAGCGCAGCUUGGCAGACACAGGAUCGGCUUUGAAAUUAUGUCAUGAUCGAACGACAAGGCCAACAUGUAUAUAAACUUAAGGAGUUGAUGUAGAUGUUGAAGCUGUUUUGAGAAGAACUUGUGCUCGAUUUUGUCCGGUGGCUGUUCUUUGAUAGAUAAGAACAACCUGAUUUCCGAUUUACCACACACUCUGUUGUAGAGCGUGUCCGAUUCAUCACUCUAGUAUAGGACAGCAUUACUAUGUAUUUACAAGAUGAAGAUGAAGAUGAUGCAGGUCACACUGUGGACGGCGAAUCAUUUCCUAUCCUAUCCUAUCCGUAUUCGUUGCAGUUCUUGCACAAGUAGAGCCAAUGGCCCCAACAUCUCAUCCUUCUAACUUUGGACAUCUCCGCGGCUUGUCCUGGCCAGAACGGAGCCGCAUUGGAGCACGUUUUAGAGUUGCAUAUCAAGAUCCAGAAACUAACCAACGCGUUGAUUUAAGGCUCGAUGCAACAAUUCGCUUCAUCCAGUGGUCAACAUGUUCCUCGUUUUCGUCCUUAGGAUUCCGAAGAAAUGAAGGGCUCUAAUUAAUCCGACGCAAGCUAGAAGCUUUAGAUGAUGCCGCCUCACCGGAUUCCCUCGCUGCGUACUUCAAAGAGCCAGGGCGAUUGAGUCAAGCGGUUUUGGGUGGAUGAGCCAAGCGGUUUUGGGUGGAUGAUGAGGGAGGCUUUGGGUAAUGAGUCAAGCGGCUUUGGGUAAUGAUGAGGGACAAUGGGGCUUCGAUUUAGGAUGGAUGUCUAUUAAGACUAAAUAGGUCCUCUAUUCAUUUUCAUUUAAUGAAUUGAUGACUCGAAUCUACUCGGCAACCUGCCUAAGAUUUCCCUGACAAAUUUUCCCCGCUGUUUAAUUUAAUGAAUUACUUAUCGCUGUUUAAAUUAUAAUAUAAGAAGAUGGAGAGCACCGAAGAACAAAGUUGUUACGAUGUGCAGAGUCUAAAGCUUAUUGAAUAAUGGAGUAAAUCAUGACGUUUUGCCAAUGGCAGUAGGUUUCGGGGAAGGAAGUGUGGGAGAGGAUGAUGAUGAUGAUGAUAGAUAAUAACAACAUUUCGAUUCCCAUGAUACAGAUGCAUAGGAGGGUGCUGAGACUGUCAAGGAGACAGAAACGCUUCACUCAUAACUUUCGUUUGUCGACAAGCAAAAGCAAAACCUUUUCAGAUCUGGCUUUUACGUCAGAGCACAAAAAACCUUUUC